CCCGACACAGUCUUCACCAAGCACUGUUAUACUAUAACUCAGACAUAGAAAGAGAGAAAUAGACAUGGCUGGACCAGCAAAGAUCACGACCAAAGAGCAAGUCGAGGAAUUCCUGAACUCGUAUGAUGACUUUCUGUUUGACUGCGACGGUGUUUUGUGGCAGGGAGAUCAGCUCUUGCCUUAUGCUGCUGAGACUUUAGAUCUCUUGCGUUCGAAGGGCAAGCGACUCAUUUUCGUGACGAACAACUCGACGAAAUCGCGUCAGGCUUAUACCAAGAAGUUUGCAAAGCUUGGAAUCACCGUCACUGCCGAAGAGAUUUUUGGCUCUGCGUACUCGUCGGCAAUCUACCUCAGCAAAGUGGUCAAGCUGCCUAAAGACAAGAAAGUGCUCGUCCUCGGCGAAGCCGGUAUCGAAGAAGAGCUCGCGAGCGAAGGCAUUCAGUACGUAGGCGGCACCGACCCUUCUCUGCGCCGCGACAUCGCCCCCGAGGACUACGACAAGAUCGUGCCGGACCCGAGCAUCGGCUGCGUUCUCUGCGGCCUCGAUCUGCACAUCAACUACCUCAAGCUCUCGAUGGCGCUCAUCAACCUGCAAGUCCCCGAGACGAUCUUCCUCGCGACAAACAUCGACUCGACCUACCCGACCAACGGCAAGCUCUUCCCCGGCGCAGGCACAAUGUCGGCCCCGCUCAUCCUCGCCUCCAAGCGGCAGCCGAUCUCGCUCGGAAAACCAUCGCAGGCAAUGAUGGACUGCAUCAAGGCAAAGUUCGACUUUGCGCCCGCGAGAGCCUGCAUGGUCGGCGACAGACUCGAUACAGACAUGCGGUUCGGCGUCGAGGGUGGGUUGGGAACUCUGUUUGUGCUCACCGGCGUUAAUACCGAAGCAGACGUGUUGGCGGCGGAUGCACCGGUCGCGGUUAAGAACUACAUGUCGAAGCUGGGCGAUAUCUACGAGAUCCUCAAGAACUAGUUCUGUUCGUUUUUGUGUUUGGAUAGGUAUAGAUUAUAGAAUAUUCCUGCCAGUCAACUAUCUUGCUGGUCUGAUUUUGUCUGCAGAAAUAUAUUUUAGAAAAUCAAGU